AUGACGUCACGAGUGCUCUCGCGGACGGAUUACGCUACCUGGGAGAGUUCCGCGCGCCGGAGAUUGGUGGAUGACGUGGCAUCAACGGCCAACAGCGUGUUAAGUUCCGAGGCGGUGGGUCAGCUGGUGGGGCGGCUGAGGGCGCUGCGGGUGCGACUGGGGGAGGUGGUAGUGCGGGCGAACGCGACCAUGCAGCUGCUGCCGGGGAUGGAGGAGGAGAACGGCGCCGAGGGCAGCGGGGAGGGGCUAGAGAGCGUGAAGGUGGUUGAUGUGGUGGAUGACGAUCAGACGCCACUGAAGCUGGAUUGGGGUCGGGCUGUGAGCAAGGAGCAGAGGGAGAAGGAGGAGAAGGACAAGCAGUCGCAGGGGCGAUGCCCCUCAGACGCUCAGGCAGGAGGGGGCACAGGCGGUGCUGCUGACGUGGCAGCGGCUCAUAGGCUGGCGGCACAUGCGGACUGGAGGGGCGGAUUCGCGAAUGGGAGUGUGCCAUGGGUGCCGGAGAAGGAUAGAUACAUUCUCAUGGACUGCCAUAGGGGCAAGUCCAGCACGCGCAUCCGCUGCUUCCGCAACUACAUGCUUCUGGCAGGCCUGUCAAAUCGCACGCUGCUGGUGCCGAUGAACACCACGGAGGUGGCAUCUGGGUACGACCGCCGCAUCGUGUUCGACUUUGACCACGUGUGGAGGUGCUAUGGCCCCCUCUCUGUGCUCUCUACACAAGAUUUUCUCGACUUGAACAAGGGGGGAGCAGAGGAAGGGGGAGGAGGAGUGAAGGACGGGAAAGUAGUGAUCGAUCAAGUGCUGUGCCUACGAGCUACCUGUUACAACCAGAAAGGCCAUGGGGACCCGGGCACUUUAGUUAAUCUGCCCGAGGCUGCCCUAGCUGAAAAUAUUACCUGGAGCACUGUGCCUUCCACGUUGAUCAAGGAGCAGAAGUUUCACCUGCCCGAAGUUGUCGAGGUUGCGCGCGAAAUCCUUCCGUCUGCCCGAGUUGUGGUUCUCGGGGAGCUCGAACUUUUCUCGUUUGACCGGUCGCUCGAGGCCAAGGGCGACGUUCCUUUUAUUCGCCGCCCGGGCUGCCCGAACUCCCUCGCCAUCCAACCGCAUCCCGCCGUCCUACUCUCCGCCGAGCGGCUUAUCCAAGCCAAAAUGUGGACUCUUAUUGCACUAAACGCCACUUUUAGCCACACGCCAGCUAACUUCACAAUCAAUAACACGGGAGCGGACGGGGGGAGUCGGGGAAUGGGGUGGCAGAAGGACAGCGAAGUGACUGAGAUUCAGGAUAAGAGAUUUGUGGCGGUGCAUUGGAGGAGGGGGGAGAUGGGGAUGGGGUGCAAGGAACCGGGGGUGGUGUGUCACGUGCGGGCGGCACAGGCAGCUGGGUGUAUUGCGAGGGCGAUGGAGAAAGCAGGGGGGAUCAAGACAGUGUUUCUCGUGUCUGAUGCCAGUCCCAAAGUGGAUCUUCGCCUCAUCAUGCUGCCUCCUCCUCGUGAUCCUUCCCGCCUUCUUUUCCCUGCUUUCCGUCCCCCUCUCCUUCCACCCCUACUUCCCUCUCUCCUUCUCCUUUUGGUUCCCCUUUCUUCCCAACCAGUUAACUGA